AUGACUGGAAUAACUGAAUAUGCCAUAGCAGAUAUCUACGAAUAUGUGCAGAAGCCCACAGAAAGAGACUUUGUUUUGAAGUUUUCUGCUAUGGAGAUAUAUAAUGAAUCUGUCCGAGAUCUCCUUGGUGAAGAUAAAACUCCACUCCGACUUCUAGAUGAUCCAGAGAGAGGGACUGUUAUUGAGAAACUCACCGAGGAAACAUUGAGGGACUGGAACUAUGUGAUUCAUCUCCUUUCUAUUUGUGAAGCUCAGAGACAGAUUGGGGAGACUUCCUUGAAUGAAACAAGCUCCAGAUCUCACCAAAUCAUCAGACUGACAAUUGAAAGUUCUUCUGGUGAGCACUUAGGCAGAGACAACAACUCGAGUACCCGUUCAGCUACUGUGAAUUUUGUCGAUUUGGCUGGAAGUGAGCGGACAUCUCAGUCAUUGUCAGCUGGUACAAGGCUGAAAGAAGGCUGUCACAUAAACCGCAGUUUGCUGACCCUGGGCACCGUUAUUCGUAAGCUAAGGUUGUUCAAUUUUCGUGCAGUCUUAAUCGAGUUUAACAUGAUUAUUAAACCAGUUCUUACAUUGCUGGCUUUAGAUAGUGAUGGUAGACUAGAGUCAUGUUCUCGCUCGGGGACUGGGACGGGGACAGGAAUAGGGACAGGGUCAAGGGGUGGUCUCGCGAUUUUAGGUGUUGUACGAGUAUUACGGUCGAGGAGUUUAAGGGAGUUGUUCGUAGGAUGCGCUGGGGAAGAGCGAUCAGAACUGACGAGGUUCUUGUGGAAUUUUGGAAGAGCGCGAGCUCGGCAGGUUUAG